AUGAGAGAGCUUUUCAGCAAAAGCUGGUCAUCUGAUAUUCAGUUAGAUGGAAAAACUGCUAUAGUGACUGGAGCAAACACUGGGAUUGGGAAAGAAACAGCCAAGGAUCUGGCAAAGCCUAUCCAGAACAGUGCACGGGUGAUCCUGGCCUGCAGAGACCUGCUGAAGGCAGAACAGGCAGCCAGUGACAUCAGCAGAGACGUGGAGAAUGCCAUCAUGGUGGUUCGGAAACUGGAGCGGGCCGACACACAAUCCAUCUAUGAGUUUGCUGAACUGAUUUACAACAGACAUUUCUUUCUUACGUUCCUCCUUAUGGAUCUCUUGAAGCAUUCAGCUCCUUCCAGUGUGAUUAAUGUCUCCUCACUGGCCCAUUCCAUGGGAAAGAUCCACUUUGAGGACCUGAACAGUGAGAAAGGCUAUCAUCCUGUGAAGGCCUACGUACAGAGCAAACUGCCCAACAUACUUUUCACGCGAGAACUCGCCACGAGAGUGGAAGAGAUGAGAGUGAGUGUUUAUGCUGUGGAUCCAGGCCUAGUAAAGACAGACAUCAUCAGGCAUUUGAAGAAGUCUCUGCAGUUGUUUGUAAAGACACGUGGUUUCCUGAUACAAACCCCUGCAGAGGGCGCAUAUAACACCCUAUACUGUGCCCUCACCCCUGACCUGCCCACUGGAAUCUACUACAGUAACUGUGCCAUGGUUCCAUACUCCCCUGCUGGGGAUUCGCUGGAAAUGAGAUGA